AUGGAGACCUCUCUGCGAUACGGAGAAGAUUCCAAAGCUCUACGAAUCCAUGCCAAGGAAAAACUCCAAAUCGACUCCAACACCUACUUCCAGGUGCACGGAGAGCUUGACACAAAACUUGGACAACCGAGUUCAUCCAGUGCCAUAAUAAGACAUUUCUAUCCAAAUUUAUCGGCAACCCUUGGCGUGGGAGUGCGAUAUGAUAAGCGUGAAAAGUUGCGCUACACUAUAAGUGCAAAGAAAACAUUUCCUGUCACACUUGACGGCUUUCUCAAUUUUAAAAUCAAGGGAGUAUGUGAUGUUGACAAGGAGUUUAAAGAGAGGAAGUCCAGAGGAGCGGCCGAAUUUUCGUGGAACUUGUUCAAUUUUCAGAAGGAUCAAGAUAUUAGACUUAGGCUUGGAUACGAAAUUUUUGAACAGGUUCCUUACCUUCAGAUUAGGGAGAACAAUUGGACAAUAAAUGCCGAUUACAAAGGAAGAUGGAACGUGAGAUAUGACUUGUGA